AUGGCCAAGCUCAGCAAGCUCCCCAAACUCUCCAGGCGCGGCAGAACCGCGCUCGCGUCGGCGGUGUGUGUGUACGUGCUCCUGGCGUUCCAAUUGCACAGCUGGCGAGUGCAUUCCGGGUUCUACAAGGGCCUCACCACAGAGCUGCCGUCGACCGCGCGCGCCGGCGACACCAACCUCAAGCGCUUCCAGCCGCCCGCCGCGGCGGCCGCGGACGCGGCGGCGACGGGCUCGCUGGCGAGCCUGCGAUCGCAGCUGGCGCUGCAGUUCCCGUACGACGCAUCGCAGCCGAUGCCCAAGCGCGUGUGGCAGACGUGGAAGACCGCGGUGGACUCGCCGCAGCUGUCGCCCGAGUUCCGCAGGAACUCCGGGCUGUGGAUGGAGGCCGCGGAGCUGGCGUCGUACCAGUACGCGCUGGUGCCGGACGCGCACGUCCUCGCGCUCUUGCACAACCUGUAUGGCGGGGUGCCGCAGGUGAUCCAGGCGUUCGAGUCGCUGCCGCUGCCGAUCCUCAAGGCAGACUUCUUCCGGUACCUGAUCCUGUACGCGCGCGGCGGCAUCUACUCGGACAUGGACACGUUCCCGCUGAAGGCGCUGGGGUCGUGGCCGCCGGCGGCGACGGGGGCCGCGAUCCAGUACCGCGGCCGCGCGGCCAGCAGCGGCGCGGCCAGCAGCAGCGGGGCGCCGGAGGCCGGGUUCGUGGUGGGCAUCGAGGCGGACCCGGACCGCGUGGACUGGAGCGACUGGUAUGCGCGGCGGAUCCAGUUUUGCCAGUGGACGAUCCAGUCGAAGCCCGGCCACCCGCUGCUGCGCGAGCUCAUCGUCAACAUCACCGCCACCACGCUCGCCAGCACCCACGUCCGGUCCUCGGCGCAGGCGCCGCCGUUCAGCAUCGACGAGGACCAUCGCGCCGACUACUUGGUCAACUGCCGCGACAAGCGGCGCUUCGACGACGAGUUCCCGGCCUCGCAGAAGAAGACCGCCGCCAACGUCGACGGCACCGACACCAUGAACUGGACCGGGCCCGGGGUGUUCUCGGACGCGGUCUUCAACUACCUCGACAACCUGAUAGCCACCAACCCGGACGUGGCCAUCAUCAACGACAACCUGCGCGCACACGGCGGCGCGGGCACCCACAAGUUCUACCGCAAGGUGACCGAGGGCCUGGAGUCCGCAGCCGUUUUUGUCAAGGAGUUCUUCACGCUGAUCGAGGAGCCCGUGGCCGUCGACGACGUGCUGGUCCUGCCGAUCACCAGUUUCUCGCCGGGCGUGAACCAGAUGAACGCCAAGGAGGACGACCACGCCAUGGCGUUUGUCAAGCACAUGUUUGAGGGUUCAUGGAAGGGCACGAAGCCCGGCACCGCGCCCGACACGUAG